AUGUUUCAUCGCAAAGUCGUUCUACAUCCUGACGACACUGUGGUCAAAUUUGGGAAGCGCAUCGCCAUUGGGGAGGCAGAGGCGCUCAAGGUCGCCGCGCUUGCCGGAAUCCCCACCCCUCUGUUUCUUGAGGUAAACACAACUCCCGAAGGCCAAAGCAUUCGUAUGAGCUACGUCCAUGGGGAAUCUCUUGAUACUCUGUGGCCCAGCAUGACGGUUGACCAGAAGAAGGACAUAGCGAGGCAGCUUCGGGUAAUCGUCGAACAGAUGCGCUCUGUGGCUCCGCCAGCCACUCUCAUCGGCGCUUGUGAUGGUACUGAGAUUCGCGACACGAGGGUACAUUUCACGUAUCACUCGCCGCCGUGUCAAGAUGAAAAGGCCUUCAAUGACUAUCUCUCAGCAGCUCUCAGCGAGCAUACGCCUCCGCUUGUACGGGAGGCAUUUACUCGCCGAUUGCGAACCUACCAUCGCGUUGUCCUUACUCACUGCGACUUGGCACCUAGGAAUAUCAUGGUACAAAAUUGGAAAAUCCAGGGACUUGUGGACUGGGAGGAUAGCGGGUGGUAUCCGGAAUAUUGGGAGUAUGUCAAAUUCUUCCAACGCCCCGCAGACAAAGACUGGAAGCUGUACGCGCAGGAGAUUUUCCCCGAGUUGUACCAUGAGGAACUGGUCACGUUCAUCGCAAUGUCAAGAUUUCAGAAUACGUAG